GCCCGGCCGGUAGCGAUGAGCGACAACGAUGACAUCGAGGUGGAGAGCGACGAGGAGCAGCCGCGGUUCCAGUCCGCGGCGGACAAACGCGCCCACCACAACGCGCUGGAGCGCAAGCGCAGGGACCACAUCAAGGACAGCUUCCACAGCCUGCGGGACUCCGUGCCCUCCCUGCAGGGGGAGAAGGCAUCCCGGGCGCAAAUCCUGGACAAAGCCACAGAGUACAUCCAGUACAUGCGCCGGAAAAACCACACGCACCAGCAGGACAUCGACGACCUCAAGCGCCAGAACGCGCUCCUGGAGCAGCAAGUGCGGGCGCUGGAGAAGGCCAGGUCGAGCGCUCAGCUUCAGGCCAGCUACCCCUCGACGGACGGCAGCAGCCUCUACACCAACGCCAAGGGCAGCACCAUCUCCGCCUUCGACGGCGGAUCCGAUUCCAGCUCCGACUCGGAGCCCGAGGAGCCUCAGAACAGGAAGAAGCUGCGCAUGGAGGCCAGUUAGGGCCCCCCCCGGCCCCCCCACCGCCCUCGGCCGUGUAAGGACUCUUUCCCUUCUCUCGUAGAGGCUCUCGGACUGCAGCUUCCCAAAGCCCAUCCCGGCCCUUUCCCCGCUCCAACCGCACCGGCCCCGAGGGGGGAGCCGGCCAGGCAGGGCCCCCGACAGACUUGGGGGGG